UUCAAAUUGGUGAUAAGUUACAACGACCUUAAGCCCCUUCCGUUCAGAGGCUCCAGCAGACUACAGUUUAUUUAAGCAAUUGAAUAUUUUUGCUAGAAAACAAAAUUGCUCUAUUCAAUAUAUUUUGAUAUUUUGAUUAAUAUUAAAGGUGGAGUAGCGCCAGUGGGGAUUUUGCUUAAAUACACUUAUAAUGAUCCAAAACGACCGAAUAUCAUAAUAUCACACUCCAAAAAUGUUUAGAUUUUUUAUAAUUUCCGGUCAAAAUUUUGUCAAAUUGUCAAAAUUUUGAAAAAUACGAGCUUUUGAGGAAAUUUAAAGAAAUGUCGUAUGUUUCGACCCCUACAAUGUUUUAACACAAAUAACUUAAAUAAAUUUAAAACAUAAAAAAUGUACAAAAAAAAUUUUUUUUUUUGGUCGACUUCCAAAAUUAUGAGUGGCAAAAACUGAGUAAUUGCCUCUUUUUGACAGUAAAUAAAAAAUUUUAAAAAAUUUUUUGAAAAAUUUUAUCAAUCCUAGCCAGUUUGACAUUUAGCUGUAGGGCCUAACAUUUGAAACAACAUGAAAUUUUUGCCUAUAUUUUUUUUGCAAAAAUCCAAGAUACUUUUUUAAAAACAUUAUAUUAAAACAACGAAAAAUUCACUUGACUGCUUUUUUCAUUCUUAUUUGUGUUAUUCAAACAUGAAGUGUUUGAUGUAAGAUGUAUGAUUUAUAGUGUAAUUAUAGUGUAGUGUAAGAUGAUUUGUAGUCGUUGAGUAAUGAGAAGCAAAAAGUCAUAUAAAUAAUAACGGAUGUGGACAUAAUGCUGUAUAGUGUGCGACGAUGCGAUCAGAAGUAUGGACAGACCAAACAAUUGAGAGUCUGAAAUCCUUUCUUAUCAGAAAAUCAGAGAUGACAGCUUUUUUGAUACCAAGUAUUCUUACAACUAUUGUGAUUUGUCAAAUUAACAUAUUUUUGAACUCAUCUUUGCUAUUUACCAUUUUCUGCUUAAAAGGAAUCACGUCCAAAUCCGAUAUGUCACUAGUCUACUCAAGAUUUGCGGCAGAUAUCGGUUAUAGUUGUUCAAUUAUUGUUUUCAAACUAUACGUCUUGGCUGGAAUGAUUUCUAAGACAUUUAUCCUUAAGAACAUCAUAUUUUUUGUUAUUAGGGCAACUGUGAUACUGGGGAUCAUUCGAACAAGUUUGUUAUUUAUAAUUUCAUUGGAUCGAAUAAUUGCUCUAUUUUCUUCUCAAUUUUACAACCCAAAUCGUCGAAAGCUUCCAUUGUCUGUCAUUUUCCUUAUCAUAUCCAGCUCGAUAGCUUUUGAUCAUUUUAUAAUGUUCGGAUAUUGUGAGAAUGUCAUAGAUACUCCAAUCGACUGCGAUAGUGCCAGAUGUUGUUAUAAUGCGUGUUAUGCUCACUUUUGGAUUUCACGGGAACAAGUUAUGUUCUGUUGUAUAGUUAUGAUGACAGUUUUGUUAUCAUUGAAGCUAGUAGUUUGCACAUACUUCACACAUAAUCAACACGCUCGAAUUUUGUCAAGAGCAACUCAAAUAGCAAUGAUUGACUCCACUACUCUUAUUUUAUUCAACCUUAUUCCAAUUCUAACUCAUGUUUGGUUUGCGUCUUCAGAUUAUCAAACAUACGCGUCUAUUACUACUCUAUCCAGAAAUCUCGGAUUUUUAAUGAAUACCUUAAUUAUUUUUCGAAUACUUAUGAGAGACAAAAAACAUGUGGUGCCUUUGAAGAUUUCUUCAUGAGUUAUCAAAAUUAAUAAAAUUAUUAAAAUGUA